CUUCUGCCAUCAAGACGGUCCUUGCCCCUUGAGUCAAGACGUCUCUGCCUUCUGAAAUGGGGAGCUGGGAAAGCAGCAGCAUGCUGGGGGCCAGACUUGAGGGAUUGGAGGCCAGUGUGGGGAAACGUGCUAUCCCUUCCAAGUAGCACAUCAGCUCCCCCGCCUUUCCUGUUCCUCUCCUUGUUAAUCAGCGCAGAGUGUCAUGGGAGAAACAUGAGGGGGCUGUGCUUGGCUGAGAAGCAGACUUGCAGCUGAGUAGCAGAUGUGGUGCAGACCAGCUUCUGGAGAAAAUGGGAAGGCAAGAACAGCAUCUGGAUCUGGAGCCUUCAGUGUAAGGCCCUGGUGAUGCCCAUGGAUUUGGGAAGGGAGAAAUACAUGAAGGACCAUGACACUUACAAGCUGACUCUACAGAACAACUAAUUGCAACAAAACAGAAAAAACAAGACUUGCUGGGUUCUGAGGAUUUGGAUUCUGGACUUGCAGUAUGGUAAAUAAUAAGUCAUCUUGUAUAUAAGUAGACCCAAAUCAAUGGAAAGAGUCAACCAAACCAGCAGUGUUUCUGAGUUCAUCCUCCUGGGACUCUCCUCCCAGCCUGAGGACCAGAAGCCACUCUUUAUCCUUUUCCUCACCAUGUACCUGGUCACCAUAACAGGGAACCUGCUCAUCAUCCUUGCCAUCCACUCUGACCCCCAACUCCAGACCCCCAUGUAUUUCUUCCUGAGUUUCCUGUCCUUCACUGACAUUUGCUUUACAACAACCAUUGUCCCCAGGAUGCUACUGAGCUUCCUGUCAGAGAAGACCAUCUCCUAUGCUGGGUGUCUGACACAGAUGUAUUUUAUUUAUGCUCUGGGCAACACUGACAGCUACCUCCUGGCGGUCAUGGCCCUUGACCGCUAUGUGGCCAUCUGUGACCCCUUCCACUAUGUCACCACCAUGAACCACCACCGCUGUGUCCUGCUGGUGGCCUUUUCCUGCUCACUUCCUCACCUCCACUCACUCCUACACACACUGCUACUGAAUCGUCUCACCUUCUGUGACAACAAUGUUAUCCAUCACUUCCUCUGUGACCUCAGUCCCCUGAUGAAAUUGUCCUGCUCCUCCACAUUUCUCAAUGAAAUCGUGAUAAUGUCAGAAGGCUCUGUUGUUUUGGUGACCCCCUUUCUGUGCAUCACUUUCUCUUACAUACGAAUCCUCAUCACAGUUCUCAAGAUCCCCUCAGCUGCUGGAAAACGCAAAGCCUUCUCCACCUGUGGCUCUCACCUCACUGUGGUAACCCUCUUUUAUGGAAGCAUCUUCUAUGUCUAUUUACAGCCCCUGUCCACCUACACUGCCAGGGACCACAUAGCAACACUUGUCUACACAGUUCUUACCUCCAUGCUGAACCCUUUUAUCUAUAGCCUGAGAAACAAAGACCUGAAACAGGGCCUGAGGAAGCUGAUAGGCAGGAGGAAAUCCCAGGCAGCACCCUCUUGACAAACCCACAAGUGGAAUCUGCUUCACUUGAAUCUAAUAUCUGCUAGAUCUUGGUGAACAACUGAACUGCUAGAGAAAUGAACAAAAGCAGCAGCUCUAGAGAGCCUAAUCCCACUACGUGCCGCUAGAGGGCAGUAUAGCUGAACCAGCGAUGUCUAUCCAGUGAAGCCCAGUCUAGAUAUAAACAUGGAUGGAAAACUAUACCACCAGGUACUCAAGGAAUUACAAUGAUGUCCAAGAGGUAAAUGGUUUUUUUUAAAUAUUUUGAUCUCAUAUUAAAGCUAAGAUUUAAGGACAUGAAAAGGAAUGGAAGGGAGAACAAGAAAAGAAGAGACCUAAGAAUGAGAGGGGAACGUUGACAUUACAGAGUUGUCACAUAUCAAUGAUGGUUUCACUCUGCAAAGUACCCCCCCUCCAAAAAAAAUUGUGGGAAGGCUUUGGGAUACUUGAACUUAACUGCACCUGCUAUGUGAACAUGCUCACCUGGCAAUUCCUUGAGGAACAUAACACUUUUUUGGUGAAUAUAGUGUACCUGAAUUAAUCUUGCACCACAAAUAUUCAUGGCAACAACACUUGUGAUCAUACAGCAUUGACUCUGAGGACUAACAGGUCAUUAAGGAGUCAGGAGCUUAAUUAAGUGUAUGGAGUCAAGAGAAAUUACUAUCCUGAAGUCUCACUGUUACAUUCUAAAUGGUCACCAGAGGGAGUUUUCUUCUAGUAAACUGCCUGAACUUGGCAUUUGGCCCAGAAAUAUGAUGAAGCAAUAUUUGAAUGGACUGUGCCUUUACUAAACUGACUCAACACCUUGUUUGUCAAUAACCGUGGGGAAAAAACACACACCCUCACCCAGGAAGGAACAAUUGCCAUGUUGACAGCAAUAACAUCUGAUAUAUUUAAACAGCAGUGGCCAGUUGUGCUACAGGCUCAGACAAGAGGAGGUUCAUUUGUGGGAACAGUAUGGCCAGCCUAAACCAAGGCAAGAUUUUACUGGUAAGGAUGGUGUUUACUGACACUUCUAAAAAAGGAAUUUGGCUUUCUGCGAUACUAUUGGUAAUUUUGAACAGGUAAAGGAUCAACUUUGGAUCAUCCCCAUGGGAGACAAAUGGACAGUGCUCCACAAUGAUACCUACCUAAAUCCUAGGUUAAUAGAAAACUCAUUUUUUGGUGAAUGAAGUAUAAUUAUGCCCCAGACCAGAUAGAAACUAGAGUUUGCUGAGGAAUGAUCUUUAGUAAUUACACCAGUUACAAGAAAUGUAUGGUAUACAAGAAAAUGGUGUUUUUUUUCUGGGAAGGUUAGGAAAGUGGCAUUGUUAUAAUAACUAAUGAGGAUGUAUUAAGCAUUAUUUAAUCUCUCUGUUGCAGCUAUUCAGCUUUAUAUAGUAAAAAAUUUUUACAUCAAUUUAUAAAAAUGAAUGGAAAUGGAACAUAGAUAUAAAAUAUUUUCCAGAAUUAAAAUAUCUUUUAGGGAACCAAACCAAAAUUUCCAGUUGAUGUAAUACCCAGGGAGACUUAUUAACCAGGGAAAGAAGUGAAUUUACCUCUAGAAAAGUGAUACAUGUGGGGCACCUGUGUGGCUCAGUCAGUUAAGCAUCUGACUUCAGCUCAGGUCAUGAUCUCAUGGUUCAUGGGUUUGAGCCCCACAUCAGGCUCUGUGCUGACAGCUUGUAAUGACUUGCUAAGGGACUCUAUAAUAUUUAUCAGGAUUUGACAAACUUUUCCAUAAAAGGCCAGAUAGUAAAUACGUUGCAGGUUAUACAGUCUCUGUCACUAUUCAACCCUGACACUGUAGUGCAAAAGCAGUCACAGACAAAAUGUAAGCAAGUGAGUAUUCUGUGUUCCAGCAAAAUUCCACUACAAAAACAGGUGGUGGGCAUAAUCUGGCCAGCAGGCCAUAUAAUUCAUAACCCCUGAUGUAUACAGUUAAGUUGAGUUAGACACAAAGUGGAAUAUAUGUUUUAUAUUUAUAAAUUAAUUUAUAUCAGUAGUCCAGUUGUUAGAAAUUUUUAAUAUAAGUGCUGUUUAUAUGCACUGAUAGAAUAUUUCAUGGGGGGAAGAAGUUGCAGAACAAUACAAAUAGCAAGGCUUCAUUUGUAUGUAAACACGUUUGUGUAUAAAGGGAAGAGUUCUAUUGAGAUUUGAAGGGGAGACUCUUCACUUUCACAAACUAAACUUCUAAAUUAUUUGAAUGAGCAUGUACUACUUCUGAAAUUUAAAAACAGAGCUACAAAAUGAAAGUUCCAGGCUAAAAUUAUGGUGACCCUGCUUUGGGCACAGAAGUUUGGUGGCCUUGAUCAUUGUGUUAGAGCAGAUUCCAGAUUCCUCUCUAUGGGAGGAUUGGAUUUAUCAGGGGAAUGUUCCAGUCUCACAACCAAGCAGAGGUGAAUUAACCUCCUGAGCAAGCAAGGGUCUAUUGCCCCACUCCACAGGAUGCCAAUUGCAUUAACUAGAAUGUGCAAAGGCCCCUGUCCUCAUUAAGCUUCUUAACCUGGCAAGUACAUCUCAGUCCUAGCCCAGCAUGGCUGACAGACAUCACCAGACACAGAGGAGUGAACUUCUGAGCACCUGCUAAUCCAGAACUCAUCACCACUAACACAACUAUCAAAACCUAGUGGAGAUUUGGGGUACCUGGGUGGCUUAGUCGGUUGAGCAUCUGACUUCAGCUCAGAUCAUGAUCUCACAGUUCAAGGGUUUGAGCCCUGCAU